AUGAAUGUAAAGCAACUGUCUACGUUCAGUCUGUACGAUUUUCUCUGCCCAUACCUCCUUCUACAAAGACCGCUUCUUGCUUUUACCAUUCAUAGCACUCUGGAUCAGUGUAAUCCCCGUUUCGGACUUUCAAAAUCCCUAAUUUUUCUCUUGCUUCAUCUUCUCCAUCGUCUUGAGGAGAUGUCGAAGGCAUCGUCGUCAUCACAACACACUGAGAAAUUUCUCAUUGAAGAGAGAGAAAGCGUCAUGGUUUCUGAAAAAGGCCACAGCUUGAGAAAAACCCAUUUCUUGAAACCCUUCGUUGCCUCCGACAAUGGCUGCUCUGGUGUAGCCGAGCUUCCCCGUGAACGUCUCUCUGUUUCUUCUUCGGAAUUAGUAAAGCGCUUGCCUUCGCGGGAUUCCUUCUCUGGAGCGACAUUUCGUAUCUUGGCUCGGAAAAUGGAAGCUUUGCACGAACCCAUUUGGAAAAAAGCUGGGAUCUUUGAAGCAAUCAAGGCUUCUACAUACACUAUCACCAAAAACCUGACUCUGAUUUGCUCUGUUGCUGAGAAAUGGUGUCCCGGAACCAAAUCAUUCGUCUUCCCUUGGGGUGAAGCAACGAUAACUUUGGAGGAUGUGAUGGUGCUUCUAGGGUUCUCUGUUUUGGGCUCUCCUGUUUUUGCUCCUCUAGAAACCUCGGAGACGAGAGAUUCGGCGGAGAAACUUGAGAAAGUGAGGCUUAUGCAUUAUAGAACAGCUAAAGGGUGUGUGACUCAGACUCCAUGGAUGUCGAGCUUCUUCGGUAGAGGUGGUCAUAGGGAGCAUGAAGCUUUUCUGGUCAUGUGGCUUUCGUUAUAUGUUUUUCCAGCCAAGUCUCGUCGUUCUAUUUCCAGACAUGUUAUCCCAAUGGCAGUUCGUUUAGCUAGAGGUGAAAGGAUUGCUCUUGCCCCAGCUGUUCUCGCGAGUUUAUACAGAGAUUUGGAUCGAGUCAGUGGUUUUGGUAGAGAAGAAUGUGAUGGCAGAGUUAAUCUCAAGUCUCUGUUUAAGUUAGUCCAAGUAUGGACUUGGGAGAGAUUCAAAGACACGAGACCAGAACCUAGAGAGAUACCCAAAGGCGAACCAAGAAUAGCUCAGUGGGACAGCCUGCAACAGAGGUCUGCAAAUGUGAGAUGGAGUUUUGAUGAUUUUGACUGGCGUCCUUACACUAAGCCUUUGAAAAACUGGAACCCUCUUCGGUUUUACGUUGAUGAAGCUAUUUGGGUGACUGUUGAAGACUCUCUUGAUGAUGAGUUUGCUUCUUUUGCUCGUUGUGUCAGAGUUUCUCACCUUGUUGGAGAUGGUUUUGCUGAGAGCUACUAUCCGAACCGAGUGGCGAUGCAGUUCGGUUUGGCUCAGGAUCUGCCUGCGUUUGUGCCUCGUCAUAGCAACUUCACAGAAAAGGAGGCUUGGGAUGAUUACAACAAGCCUCUUGAUGGUUUGAAGCUGUACAUGCCUUCUCGCCUUGCUCAGGGUUCUGUAACUGCAAGGUACAAAGACUGGUGGAUGAGAUCAGUUUCUGAGUAUCUGAGUUCUGAAGAUAUGCAGAUAGAAUCAACUAAAACUUUGAAUGCAAGGAACACGUUUGAUGAUGAUGAUGAUGAUGAUGAUGAUGAUGUGUCUCCCAAGGUAUUGCCUUUGUGUCAUGUGGUUGAGAAGUUGGAAGAAGGCUUUCCUGCAAAAUGCAGAAGAUCUAGGAUGAGUAGACUAGCAAAGAAAGACAAGACAGGUGCGUUGGUGUCUUCAAGUUGGAAGAUGGACAAGACAAGUGAGGGUUUGAAAAACAGGAGAAGCAAUUACCAAUCCGUGCAGAUGAAGCGAGCUCAUGAGGAUGAUGAUCAGAUAUAUAUGGAUGAAGAAGAUGAAUACAUAACCAUUGCUCGAAGGAUCUGUUCUAAGAAGAUGUAUGAUAGUGAUGCAGAGAAUACUGGAGGAGAUGCUUUUGAACAACUUGCAAAAAGAAGAAGAAAAUUUCAGGUGCUGGAUAGUGAUGAUGAUUCAGGGUCUUGUCAAAAGCUUGCUUCAGUAAAAUUAGAGCAAAAGGAUGAAGAUGAUGAUGAAACUGAAGGCACAGCACAAAAGAAAAUGCAGAUUUUUGACGAUGAGGUUGAUGUAAAUGGAAAUACUGAAGAGGAGAAGAGUAUGAUCGAUGACGGAUCCAAGAGAGCAACAUGUUGGCUUCAUGAAUAUGAAGAAAAGGAUAGAUGCUUUGAGAAAAGAAAAGAAGAUAUUUUUGAGAGAUUGAAACAGAGAAAGAUUGCAAUAAAGGAGAAAGAGUUGGAUCUGGAGGCACGUAUUAUGAAUAUGGAGAAGACUUUGGCAGAGAUCAGAGAAUGGAAAAGCAGAGGAAACCAGAUGAUCAAAAAUGAAUUUGGGUCUACACUGAACUUUACUGAUCUGAAACUUUUCAAGAGGAUUGAUUCUGUUUGGUCAAUAAAAGUCCAUUCAGGUUCGAUUGUCCAGGACACAGGUUGCAUGAGACAAGAUGAAGAAGAUAAUAGCCUCGACAUUGCUCAAAUAAUGAGACAAAUAGAAGAAGCCCUCACCAAAAGCUUGCUUCAGGUAAAAUCUGAUGGAGACGAAGGAAUGAGGCAACGGAAUGAAGAAACGGGAAGCAAAGACUAUAAGAUGAAACCAAUUCUUCAGAUCCUCCUGUUGGGACAAUGGAAUCCUGUGAUAAUGAGCUUGAUGUAUGUGGAACCCAAUGUAGAGAAGAUGACUAUGGUCGAUCAUGACAUUUAUGAGCCAAGAUGGUGCCAUAGCUGGAGAAAGGGCGAGCUCAGAAAGCUUGAUCCAGCCUUCAAGGCAGACAACAAUGAAUUAAGCCCUCGUCAAAAGCUUGCUUCUGGAGGCGCUAAUGGAGAUGAAACAAGUAAAGCGUACAAGAGUAUGGUUCUGAGCUCAUCUGAUGACUCAAACAUCCACAUUUCUGUAGGAUAUGGAUCUAUUGUUUGUUUCAUGAUAAUGGCCUCGAAAGCGAAGAAACUAUGA